CUUCCGUCCACACAUCAAUGACCCCCGCAACGAGCCGGACCGCGUUCCCGAACGACGUCAAGGUACUAACAGCCUAAAUAUCUGAAUAUGAAUAAGAUCCAGCAAUGGGGGAGUACUUUCGCAGUGACUUGGACGUCACUGAACAACUCUCCUUGAGCUUCACCACUCGGGCAUUAACGACAACAUGAAGUUUCGCGAUGGAAUGUGGCUUGUGAACGACCAGUUUACGGUCCAGCAUGCUGAGGAGGUAUACACUGUCACUCCACGUGAAGAUAACAAAGCCAUCACACUCCUUUGCCCGUCGAAGAAGAUCUUCUCUCGAGGCGAUACACUCAAUCUCACCACGCUCUCGGUCGAGCUGGAAGCUCAGUUUGACGGCGUCAUAUCACUAGAAGUCACUCACUUUGCGGGCGCCAGGCGACUUGGCCCGGACUUCGAACUGUUCCCCGAUGGACGGCCUGAGGUAAAGGGAGAAGUGAAAAGAAGCGGAGCCGGCAAUGGAACCACCGUCACCUCGGGCUCUCUGAGUGCAACUGUCAGCGGCGACGAGCACACAUUUGAUAUCAAAUUCCAUGCGACUGAUGGAUCGAAAACUUUGACCUCCCUUCUCAAUCGCAGUAUUGGGCUCGCAUAUUCACCUGCGCUCAGCUCACCAAAGCAGGUUGAAGACUUGAGUGCACAUAAGCAUUAUGUGUUCACGCAGACUGAGUUGAGUGUGGGCGAGUCAAUUCAUGGGCUUGGUGAACGAUUUGGAGCGUGGAAUAAGGUUGGCCAGAAUGUCGAGGUCUGGAAUGACGAUGGUGGGACGUCUAGCGAGCAGGCGUACAAAAACAUAUCUUUCUGGUUGAGUUCGAGGGGAUAUGGCGUAUUCAUUGACACGCCAGAUAGGAUUGAUAUGGAGAUUGGGAGUGAGCGGUGUUCGAGAUUGCAGACUACGGUCGAAGGACAGCGUUUGAAGUGGUACCUCAUCUACGGCCCGACCCCGAAAGAGGUUCUCACAAAGUAUUCCAUCUUGACUGGCAAGGCCAACCGCGUUCCAGCCUGGUCAUACGGUUUGUGGCUUAGCACGUCCUUUACCACAUCCUAUGAUGAGCAAACUGUCCGCCAUUUCGUUGAACGCAUGUCUGAGUCGCGCAUUCCCGUGGAAGUUUUCCACUUCGACUGUUUCUGGCUCCGCGCCUUCCACUGGUGUGACUUCAUCUGGGACCCAGAGUCUUUCUCAGAUCCAGCUGGUCAGAUCAAACGCAUGAAAGAAGCAGGACUCGCCAACAAAGUAAGCGUUUGGACCAAUCCAUAUGUGGGACAAGCCAGCCCGGUAUUCAAGUAUGCGGCCGAAAAGGGCUACUUGCUCAAAAAGACAAACGGCGAUGUGUGGCAGUGGGAUCUAUGGCAAACCGGCAUGGGCAUUGUGGACUUUACGAACCCUGAGGCGUGUGACUGGUUCAGAGCGUGUAUGGAGAAGUUGUUUGAUAUGGGCGUUGAUUCCAUCAAGACGGAUUUCGGCGAACGAGUGCCGACUAAGAACGUUCAGUGGCACGACAAGAGUAUGGAUCCAAGCCGAAUGCACAAUUAUUACGCGUUCAUCUACAACAAGUUGGUUUACGAAACUGUGCAAAAAAGGUUUGGAGAGCACGAGGCAAUACUGUUCGCGCGGACGGCCACAGCAGGUUGCCAGCGGUUCCCACUUCAAUGGGGCGGAGACUGCGAGUCUACACCUGCUGCUCUCGCAGAGUCGGUGCGCGGAGGCUUGAGCCUGGGUCUUGCGUCCUUCGCGUUCUGGACCAGUGAUAUUGGCGGAUUUGAAGGAUAUCCACCACCCUGGAUUUACAAGCGCUGGGUUGCAUUCGGACUACUCAACUCACACAGUCGCCUUCAUGGCUCCAACUCAUACCGUGUUCCUUGGCUUGUUGACGACUCAUCCACCGAACCGGAGAAUUGCACAGACGUGCUAAGACACUGGGUUCAGCUCAAACGCAGACUGAUGCCAUACCUGUAUGCUCAAGCUGAAGAGAGUGUUGCCAAUGGCUGGCCAACUAGUGUAAGAGCUGUCGCCCUUGAAUUUCCCGACGAUCCUACCUCGUGGUAUGUGGACCGCGAGUUCAUGGUCGGAAGUCAGAUUUUGGCUGCACCGGUCUUUGAAGAAAGUGGAGACGCAGAGUACUACUUGCCACCUGGCCGAUGGUUCAACUUCUGGGACGGAAAAGAAGUGCAAGGCGGCAGAUGGAUCAAAGAGAAGUACGGUUUCCUUCAAUGCCCAUUGUUCGUCCGGGAAGGGAGUGUGUUAGUUCUUGGCCAAGCUGAGAGCGAGGGCGGAUUUGGCUACGAUUGGCUAAACUCCGGUGGUGAACUGAGACUCUACGGCGUCAAGGAGGGAGAUCAAGCGGUGUUGGUGGAUACGACUGGUCGACGAAAUGGUGUACUCGAGGUGGAUUCAAACGGCGAACUCAAGGGAAUGGACGUUCUGAGCGGAGAUUGGAAGGUCAAGAGGCUAGGAUAGACGAUCUGAUCUCAGAAGCACGACUAAGAGCAAAUAGUUGCCAAAUAUCGUAUGUUAGACCGAAGUAGAAGUAGAGCCGCUCC